UCUCUCUUUCCUUUUCUCAGAUACUGACUAAACGUUCCCUCUUCUUCAAAGGAUUUCUGUUCAUGCUACUGGUCGGUUCUUUAGGACUCAUUUACAACCAGGAACUGCUUCCCGGAAUCCCUCAGUGGGCCUACGGGGAAAUUUAUUUUAAUUCUGUCAGAGACUUUGUGUUCAACGAGCAGCAGGAAGCGUUGCCUUGGUGGGAAGGAGGCGACUGCCGUUGCCAUGGUAACUCCUGCUUUCCUGAGGAAGCCCCCCACCUCUCUUGGGAAGACGGGGGCGGCGCCUGCGGUCGGAGGGCGUGGCUGGCAGGCGGAGGACAGAAGGUGAUCAGUUUCGCGCUGUUUGGGAAUAAAUCGCAGUACUGGAAAGCAUUUCGGAAGAACCUCAACGCGAUAAAACUCAUGUACCCUGACUGGGUCGCGUGGCUUUACACUAAUCCUCGUGGCCGGGAAAAUGUCCUCUGCCCACUCCUGCGUGAUUUUCCUCACUUCUACAUCUGUGACGUUACCAACUUGCCUUCGCUGGGAAAUGUGACUUCAAUACACAACAUGAUUUGGAGAACGCUGCCCCUUGGUGACGAAAAGGUCUCGGCUUUUUUUGUCCGAGACUCCGACUCGCUUCUCCUGGAACGAGGGGCUGCAGCAGUGAGGGAAUGGAUGUCGGGAAACAAAAGCUUCCACUUGCUGAGAGACCAUCCGUACCAUGGAAUUCCUGUAAUGGGGGGGCUGUGGGGCGCCCGCUGGGACCUCAAGAAGCAUAACGUUUCCGAAUUCAGGAAUAAGCUGACUGGUAUCAGAAGCACAUUGAUAGAAAAAGCCAAAGGGAAGUUUAACAAGGGUUUUGAUCAACAUGUCUUAGGGAGUGUGUUGUACCCGCACACGAAGGGCGAUGUCAUGUCUCACGAUAGUUUCUUCUGCAAGAUAUACCCAGAUGGUUUUAGACCUUUCCCGCUACAGCGUGAGGGAGGCCAUUACUUAGGAAAUUACUUGGGUAUCGCCGAGAAAGAUCCACUGCUGGUAAAAAGCCCCUGCCCAGUCGAGUGCAGACCAAAGGAUCAUCAAGACUGGACUUACUGCUGACCUGAAUUUCCAACAGUGACAACCCAAUGCACUCUGUGACAUAUUUCGUGUUAUCAAGACCAUUGCGUUGAUACUGUAUCGUGGUUUUUCCCUGUAGGAAUCUCUUCUUAGAAAGAGGGCCUAGUGAGUGUUUUUUUUUUUUUUUUUUUUUUUUGUCUUUGCGAGUAGUGUGAAGGGCAG